AUGGAGAAAAUUGAUACACAUUGCCAUAUUGUUCCUCCGGGCUGGAGAAAAUGGUGUGAGGAAUAUGGUUGGGACAAACCCGAUGGCAUGCCAUGUAUACCGGAAUGGUCAGCAGAGAAUCAUAUUGCGCUCAUGGAUAAACUCGGCAUUAAAAGGUCCGUUCUGAGCAUUACAUCGCCCGGCACGCAUCUCAAAGUGGGAGAUUUCGCACUAGCGAAGCGUGUAACGCGAGAGACGAACAUCGAAAUCUCCCAAAUCUGCCGCCAAUUUCCCGACCGAUUUGGUUGGUUUGCAUCGCUACCCCUGCCAGAUGUAGAGGCAUCUCUCGAAGAGAUCGAUCACGCCCUUGAACUCGGGGCUUCGGGGUUCGCUGUCAUGACCAAUGCUCAGGGUUACUACAUGGGCGAUUCCCGAUUUGACCCUGUUUUCGAAAAGUUGAAUCAGCGCAACGCUAUUGUCUUCAUGCAUCCCACUCAAUGCUGUUCUCUGGAUAAUCCGGAAGCCGAUAAGCCCCUGGCACAAUACCCGACACCCAUGAUGGAGUACUUUUUUGACACGACGCGCGCAGUCGUGAACUUGCUUCUGUCGGGUACGGUGACACGAUUCGAGAACUUGACAUUCCUGGUAUCGCAUUGUGGAGCGACUCUGCCGCCUCUAGUUGAACGGUUUUCUUCGUUCUCGACGAGGAUGCUUAAAUCCAGCGAGAAGAUGACCAGCGAGCGGGUUAAAGAGAUCUUCUCCACUCGGUUCUACUUUGAUCUUGCGGGGAUGCCGUUUCCUGAUUUGAUCCAUGGAUAUUUGCGUAUUGGGACGCCGGAACGCUUGCUUUAUGGCAGUGAUUACCCUUAUACGCCUGGUGUCGUUGUUGAGUCUCUGAAUAAGACCAUGGAGGAGCAGAUGGAGAAGCUUUUUGACCAGGAGCAAACUCAGAGGAUAUUCUCCGGCAAUGCCUGUGAACUUAACCUAUGA